AUGAGCACCUUUACAAGCGGAUUUGGAGCAUCUUCAGGCACGGGGCUUAAUACCCCAAAACCUGCAAUAGGUUUUGGGCAACCAACAGCCACUGGGGGGUUUGGCCAACCGCAGCAACAGACGACAGGAGGAUUCGGACAGCCACAGCAACAGACGACUGGAGGUUUUGGACAGCCGCAGCAACAGGGUGUUGUAGGCUUUGGCCAACCGCAGCAGCCAGCUACCGGAGGCUUUGGGCAACCACAACAACCAGCUGCUGGGGGCUUUGGUCAACCCCAGCAACAAACGGCUGGAGGAUUUGGACAGCCACAGCAGCCGGCUGUUGUAGGCUUUGGCCAACCGCAGCAGCCAGCUACCGGAGGCUUUGGUCAACCCCAGCAACAAACGACUGGAGGAUUUGGACAGCCACAGCAGCCGGCUGUUGGGGGCUUUGGCCAACCAGCGGCUACUGGUGGGUUCGGGCAAGUCACCCCCGGUACGCAACUAGGAGCCGCAGGGGGGUUUGGUGCGGCAAAGUCUGGAGGCUUUGGUCAAACUGGCACCGGAUUCGGACAGCCACAACAGCCGGCUACCGGAGGUUUUGGCCAGCCACAGCAUCCAGCUUCCGGCGGCUUUGGCCAACCACAACAACCGGCUGUUGGAGGAUUUGGCCAACCCCAGCAACAGGCUACCGGAGGAUUUGGCCAACCCCAGCAACAGGCUACCGGAGGAUUUGGCCAACCCCAGCAACCGGCUGUUGGAGGAUUUGGGCAGCCACAGCAACCGGCUACCGGAGGAUUUGGCCAACCCCAGCAACCGGCUGUUGGAGGUUUUGGGCAGCCACAGCAACCGGCUACCGGAGGCUUUGGCCAACCAGCGGCUACCGGAGGUUUCGGGCAAGUUACCGCAGGUACACAACUAGGAGCCGCAGGGGGUUUUGGUGCGGCAAAGCCUGGAGGCUUUGGCCAGCCACAGCAGCCGACUACGAGAGUCUUCGGACAAGCCACCACCGGUACACAACCAGCCGCAGGGGGGUUUGGCGCAGCAAAGCCACUUGGUGGAUUUGGGCAACCUGGACCAAACCCCGGGUUUGGUACUACCGGAGGCUUUGGCCAGCCACAGCAACAGGCUACCGGAGGUUUCGGGCAAGUCACCGCCGGUACGCAACCAGCCGCAGGGGGGUUCGGUGCGGCAAAGCCCGGAGGCUUUGGACAAACUGGCACCGGAUUUGGACAGUCACAACAGCCGGCUACUGGAGGCUUUGGCCAACCACAGCAACCGGCCGUUGGAGGCUUUGGUCAACCGCAACAACAGGCUACCGGAGGUUUUGGCCAGCCACAGCAACAGGCUACUGGAGGCUUUGGCCAACCAGCGGCUACCGGAGGUUUCGGGCAAGUUACCGCCGCUACACAACCAGCCGCAGGGGGGUUCGGCGCAGCAAAGCCACUUGGUGGAUUUGGGCAACCUGGACCAAACCCCGGGUUUGGUACUACCGGAGGUUUUGGCCAGCCACAGCAACAGGCUACCGGAGGUUUCGGACAGCCCUUGGCCGCCGGAGGCUUUGGUCAACCCCAACAGCAGGCUACCGGAGGCUUUGGUACGCUUCAAAACACUAAUUAUCAAGCAGUAUCAGAUUUUGGCAAGAUUUCCCAAAACUUUUCUACUGGAGCUACCCUAAAUCAAGCACUUUCUUUUAUGAAUUUACCCGAUUUCAAUAUGAAGCCAUAUGGGGAAGCGCUUUUAGCAUCAUAUGACCGUAUCGAAUUAGAAAAACCAACAUCCAAAGAAACAACAGAGUUUACGCCUAUCGUCCCACAACCCAUUCGAUAUCAUUGGUUAACCCGUUGCCAGCAGCCACUUGAUUCUGAUAUCGGGAUCGAGCAGCAACCCGUACCGCUUUCGAUUAGUGCUAUCUCAUCUUCUGCGUUAAAGGCAAUACUGAAGCCACCCAUUCAACUCGGAACAGUCGGUAACGACAAAAAAGCUCUGCUUUUAGACGAACCACGUCCCAGGGUGGAUGAGUUAUCUUCUAACCAGGAUGCCAUGCGUGAGUCGAAUUCGAGAAACGUCUUUUCCACCCCAAACCUCUCCGCCCCAACCUGCGACAACUUCGAGUAUCGUACGGUCCCUUCGUUAGAGGAACUUUCAGUUUUGCCUCCGAACGAGCUUCGAAAUCUUAGUUCAUUGGAAGUUUCACGAAAGGAUGAUAAGGUUCGUAUCGAGUUCUGUGAGCCUGUCAAUCUGGUGCGCACUAAUAUUAGUGAUGUGGUUUCCAUGGAUAGGGACGGACGCGUACGAUUCAAUCCAAAGGGAGAUACUUCUUCCCACAAAGGGCUCAACGUGAAGGCCAUUGUAACUGUUAAUCGUGUCAUCAACAUGACUGAGGACCAGCUGCGUGAAACAUGCCGUGCGGAAGGAAGUCGAUUUAUCUCGUACCAGAAUAAUACAUGGCGGUAUGCCGUAAAUGAUUCCGAUGAAGCGAUCGGCACCUCUCUCUAUGAGAGGCCUAGCCAUCACCAGGCUAACCUUUCUAUUCAAAAGGGUGACGAUGACGACGAUGACAAUGACGAAGAUGUGGGCGUCACUUCACCAAAUCUUCAAACUAAUAACAAAGUUGACAGUAGUUGCGGAAUUGUUACCCAAGCGUUCUCUGGCGAGGUGGAACUGCCACUCAAAUCCACCCAGCUCAUUCCACCCGCCACCCUCAGCAGCGCCAAAAUCACUGUGAACAAGACCAUCCUCCCGUCGUUGCGGCCAUCACGGGAGCUAUCUUCAUUGAAUAAACAAGUGUUUAAGCUUCCAUAUGUACUACCUGUUAUGGGUAUUAAGAGCACAAAGCAAUCAGUAGCAACCAUACCUUAUUUUCCUAUGCAGGACUCCGAGCCCCCUGUGUAUUAUGUCAACUUUAAAAGUUCCGUUGUUCACGAAAAUUUUGUUUCAGGUUCGACCUUGAGGAAACAUUCGGGAAGUUCCAUGGUCUUGGCUCGUAGCUUUCGAGCUAAUUGGCACAUUUCCGGUCUUUUGGCAUAUCCGUCCUUUGCGGCUAUGCGAGAUGGAUUGGAAACGAAGCAAGAUGUCGAUGAGGUACAUGGAUCUAAUGUUGUUGUAGGUUACCCUUUUAGAUGGACGACGCCUUCAACCAAACCUCUGACGGCGUGUCUGAUCUCCGUGCUUCGCUUGUUAACUCGCUACAUGUGGGUGUUGUCAAAUUCAAAUCAUUUUAGUGGGACCAAGGUAAAGGCUGCAUCACAGAAGGAUCACUACGGGUUGCUGCAUAUUUCUCUGUCUCGGGAAAAGUCCUCCAUGAUGUUAUCCAAGGAGAAACUGGAGGAGAUCCUCUCUAUUGUUGCCGAGAAGUCGUCUCACAAAGCUUCUCUCUCACCUACUGAGUUUUGCUCCUUAAAGCAGUGCCAAUCUGUGAUCGGGCUGAUGAGCGCGCUCUACGCCUUGCCCGAGUACGAUGAAGCGCUUCCCAACGCACAGGAUGAGGCUCGUUAUCUGAGGCAGCUCAGGCGACGCGAACUAAGCAAUUGGCUUUCUAACGAGCUGCAUGAUUUGGUCAACCGCAGUAGUGGUGUUUAUCCUUCCCGGUCGGAGGAGUUGGUGCAGAUCAUUCUUUCUCAUAAGCUCAAAGAUGCAAGUCGACUUGCCGAGGAUCUGAACGAAAGUACCCUCGCUCGUGUGAUCGGUGUUUGUGGGGACGGUAAUCAGUUCGAGCAGUACGUGGAAAUGGCCAGGGAGGGCUUCCCUAACGGUUCUGUGGUUCGUGAUCGAGUUGUGAGCUUACUCGCUGGCAAGGUUGAGACAUUUAUACAGGAGGAUGAAUACACGUUUGAAAAGCGUUCUUCACAAGGUAGCGAUUCUAUUGUGGCUCAUCACAACGCCGCCACGUGGAGGCAGCUUCUGGGUAUUUUUGCCUUUUAUGGCUGCCGACCUGACACGUCCGCGGAGGAUAUCAUUCGUGAAUUUAUGAACCGUCUUCGGACCUCCCCCCGCCGCGCCAAAUCCUUACCAUUCUACGCCGAGAAGCUUCACGGUGAGGCCUUGGAGAGCCGCCGGGGUCGGGAUGCUGUGCGUCGUGGCCACGCCUUCCCCGACGCCGCGUUUCUUCUUCUGAAGGGCUUCCUGGAGGGUGGGGCGCCCCCGGCCUCCGGCCUGCACCCGCACGCCUCAAGUUAUUCCUCCACGGACUACCUCAGCCCUUUUCUUCUGCUCUGCGCCGUGCGCGCGCUGCCGCUGCCGCGGGGCCGGCCCUACAAAGACGCCGAGACCGCUGUCCUCCUCGGCCUCGCGGGCCAGCUGGAGAUGAGCGGGGAAGGAUGGUUCUGGGCGCUGCUGCCGCUCCACAUGAUCGAGUCCGAUCCCGCGCGCCACCGCGCGGUGCGGGAUUUUUGCCGUCGAAACGCCCUCCAGGCGCGCGAACUCAGGGGGCGACCGAGCGAGAAUGCCGCCGCCGCCGAAUUCGACAAACUUCUGGGGUUGCUCAAUGUGGAUGAGGCCGAGUUAGAGCCCGUGGUGCCCCCCGUUGAGCAGCCUAAGGAGGUCUUAGUAAAUAGACCAAGCCUCAAAACUCAAGAAAUUCUUCAGAAAGCUAUAGGAUCCAUGCAAAGUUCACUUAUGGGGAUAACUAUCGGUGAUAUUUGA